AUGGAGACACCAGAGAUGGUGGAGACACCGGAGACAGUGGAGACACCGGAGACAGUGGAGACACCGGAGAGGGCAGACGAAGCCUGUGCUGUAUAUGGAGGGCGAGAACCAACAAAGGAGGGAAGGGACAGAAGGCGAGAGUCAGGGGAAGGAAAAGAAAUUGAAGGAGAGGAUUGCGGGGAGUGCAGUCCCCCCCGAGAGGAGAACCACGCUUGGGAAACAGAAACAGGGAAGACCGGGUUGGGCGGUCGGACAGAGACAGGUGGAUCAGCGCCGGUGGACGAGACGGCGGCAAAACGGAGUGGAAAGGCCGAGAAGCAAGGGAAACCGAGUCGCGAGCUUGCUUUAGAGAAGGGGAGAGCGAACCGACGGGGAGCGCCAGGCGAGGAGCUACAGCGGAAUCCGAAGCUGCAGAGCGAGAGAGGAGCGUUGAGAGAAGAGAACGAAAGGGAGAACUCGCGAGGCGCGAGAGGGAAAGGAGAGGAUGCGGACCGGACAGAGCGAUGCGAGGCGGCCGAAGAAGAGAACGAAGAGCAACGGAGGACAAGAAAGGAAGGGGAAGAAGACGGUCAGCCGCCCCGGCAUGCAGGAGAGAAGCGGAGGCUCGGAAAGGUGGCGAAUGGGGGGACGCGGGGCCCAAAAGAGGCCGCAAAAGCGACGAGAGAAGGCACCGACGGAGAGGUUUUCAAGCUGGCCAAGCCCAAGAAGUGGGCGCGUGAACGCUUUCGAUUUGAGCGAGAAAACUCAGACGAUGGAGGAAAGGAGGACAGCAGUCGUGGCGGGCGAAACGGGAACGCGGCGAAUGCUACCGGCAGCUGGCGCAGGGCUGCGAACGAAAAGGAGAAACUGAAGAGAGAAACCAGACUCCCGAGUGGCGCUGCCUGGUCCUGUUUGCUGCCUGACGAGAAGGACGAGGCCUAUGACGCCUGCGGCGCGCCUCACAGGCGCGUCUCUGGGGAAACAGAAAGAGACAAGGGAUUCUCAGCAUUUUGUUCCCCCGCUGAGGCUGCGUCUUCAGCCUGCGUCUGUGCUGUCGCGCCUUCGCCAGUGUCGUCUUCGUCGCUGCACGUUGAGGCGAGCGCCAUGUCGCGGGGUCUCUCAGAGCCAGACUCGAUCGAGGCACUCAGUAGCCCCGAGUGCAGCGCCGGAACUGACGCAGGAAGAGGGAAAGACCGGAUUCCUGCGGAGCCGGAGAGUCAGAGGGCGACGCGGGAGAGGACGGACAGGCGAGAAAUGGAAAAACUUCUCCGACAAGAACGCAGGCUGCGACAAGAAGCAGAGCGCCAGUGCCAGGAGCUCUCUGGGCGCUUACGCUUGCUGGAACGCGAGUUGCUGCACUCCGCGCGACUUUUGAGGGGAGACCGCGUGCGCCAGCGCCGCCUGGAAGAAGACAACGAAUUGCUCCUGCAUGCGUUGAAAGAGUCUCGCCGGCUUCUCAAGGAGGAAUCCGACAAAGUGCUGACGGCGCGAGCCGCUCAGGACGAGCAGCGCCUGGAUUUGCUGCCUCCCAGCGGGUGGCUGACUCGAAGCCUCGAGCCCCGACAGAGAGACGAGACGGAAGCGCGAGAAACUUUAGCGACUCUCCAAGAGGAAUUGAAACAGACGCUGAGUCAGCUCACAGUGGAGGUCUCCAGGAGGCACAGGGCGGAGAUGAGCACCAAGAUUCCACCGAAUGGAGGCCGCUUGGAAUCCUUCUCGACUUUUUUCCAUCUCUCUGACCCACCCGGCACACCGCGCCCUCAACUUUCUUCUCCGCAUGCGUCUCCGGUCUCCUCGCCUCAACCGCUUCAAUCUUCCUUCUCGGCCGGCUCGAGCCCCGCCUCGGCGGCUGCCGCAUCGCCGUUCGCGCUCCGCCUCUGGGAUGCUCGCGAAACUCCCGUCGGUGCCGAAAAGGAGCAAGCCGCGCAGAGACCAAGCGUGGAAUCAGACGAAAGCGAUGAAGAAAGGGAUGGUGAGGAAGGCGAUAAGGGAGGAAAUGCUGGAGAAGAAAUGGAUGAUGAAGAAACGUCCCUUCCGAGAGAAGCGCCAGGAUGUGACUGCCCUCCGUGUCGCCCGGCUCUUGGUGGGGGAGCAUGGCGCAAAUCCGUCAGUUCCAGCGAGACGCGGAAUGAAAAAGGAAACAAAGAACAAGACAGGAAAGAAAGCCGAAGCUGCCGCGAGCACGCGUCGUUCUUUGAAAGCUCGUUUUGUCUCCCUCCGUCGGGUCGCGUGACAUCACAGCUCGGCUUUCCGGUCAGGCGUUGCCAGGAGCCGGCGAAGGAAAACCCGACAGUGGAUCCCCACGAGGGAGGCGAAAGCCAGGAAGGAAGGAGGUUCGGAAACAGGGAAGGAGACCAAAAAGACUGGGCUUCUUUCCGUCCGCUCUGCACGCGUUCUUCGCAAGAUGGCUCUGGCCUCGCUUCGUCUCGUCGGUCCUCGUCGCGCUCAGGUUCGUCUUGGCCCCCUUCCUCUUCUUCCUCCGCGCUGCCACCGUCUCCUUCGUCUGUGGGCUCAACUUCGGGGUCUCGGCGCCCUUUCUCUCGUGCCUCGUCCGUUUCGCCAGUCUCGCAUCUGUGUUCCGGCAUCCACAACUGCCCGCAUGCACCCAUCACGCUUUCUUCCCGCGGGACAAAGCGACCGUCUCCGCCUCGCCUGUCUGGCCCUGCAGUCGCCGAAGGGGAGAGGCAGCGCUGCCGAGAAAGGGACAGACGCUUUUGCGAGCCUCAGCGUUUGCCCCGCGAGGCGGAGGAAAUGGAUCAGCCCGGCGCAGGAGAGACGAAACAGAAAGGAGAAACGAGAAGUCGAGCAGAUGCAGGCGAGCGAGAGCCCCACGUGCAUCAGUGUGGUGUCGGCCAGUGCGCUCCUGUCCGAAAGAGAAGAAGAGACUUCGACACGGCAGAGGGAGACCUUUCAGAGUUGGAAGAAACGCAGCACGCGACAGGCCAAAGAGUCGCAGGCCGGAAAGGAGACGAGCCGGAGCCCAAGGGUCAGACCUGGGCUCAGCGUAGCACGAAGCGUUUUGGGGAAACAAAAAGCGGCGAAGGAAAAGAGAAACGCAACGUGUUCGACCGUGAAAAACAACACAAUGACAAAUUGGUAACACAAGAAGGAAAAGGAGACAGAGACGAAGAAGGAAAGGGAGGCGAAGAAGAACGAGGACACGAGGAGUGCCGAAAACCUGGCGACCAUAGAGAUAGGCAUGAAGGAAGGAAAGAAGCGAGCAGAGGGGGAAAGCGAGAGGUAGGCAAAGAACAAGAACGAAGGGACCGCACAGCGGGUGGGGAACGGGACGAUCGGCCUGUCACGGGGUGGGGGAGGAAGGCCGUUGUAGCAGCAAGGGAAUUUUUCCUCUCGCACUUCAGAGGAAACUUCCAGGCGACGGAGCAACUGGCCGAAACAACCAGACGCGAGGCUCCUCAGGAAGACGCUGCCGAGACAUCCAGUCGCGAAGGACGAAAGGAGGCGGCCGAAGCGGAAGACGGCAGACGGGAGACAGGCCAGGACCGAGACACCCGAGCAGAAUCGGUGCAUGGAAAUGGACGAGGCGGGCGAAAGUGUCUGAGCAGAAUGCGCGCUCGCUCGGAGUCGGCAGCAGCUCGGGCUGAGACCCCGCAGGUGGGCACGGAGGUGUACCAGCGAGGGCGUUGCAUUUUGGAGUGCGGGAGUGCCAAGGCAAACCCCUGCGAGCCAGAGCGGGUAAUCGCGGUCAGAAACGACCCGCACAGCCACACGGGAGGUGCCUUGAAACGUGUGAACAGGGGCACGCCUUGGGAUGCCUCUCUCGCAGGCCCGGGGGAGUCAGGCGCCCAGGCAACACCGGCGAGCGCCGCCCCUCAGAGAUGUCUUGGAGCCGUCACGGACGCCAAGCGAGUCCACGUUUUCUCUGACCUCUCCCACAGAAAGCGUGGACAAUGUCCCCGCGUCUUGAACGUGGCUCCACCUUCCCUGUCUCCGGCACCCACGCCCCGUUCGCCUCUCUCGGCUUUGUCGUCUCCUCGUCGCUCUCGUUCGCGUCUCCCCGAGGCUUCUCCUUCCACGGCUUCUCCGCCGAGGCGGGCGCCGUCGAGACACUCCACAGAUUGCCUUUUCCUCGGGCGAGGUUCAGGAAGCGAAGGAGACAGCAGCAGUGAGGGGCGAGGCUUCAGACUCCACCGGCAUGCGGAGUCGACAGCGACAGAGGGCGAACGAGAAGAAGGCGUCGGGAAGAGCGACACAGAGAGGAGACAGCAAGGCAGCGCGGCCUCAGGGAGCAGUGGAGAGAGAGAAGACGCAAGGCGCCCGCGUCAGCCAGGCGAAGGAGCAACCCGAGAAGAAUCUAGAGAGAGACAGGAAACCUUCCGGUGGAGAGGUAUCUGCAGCGGACGAACACGCGGAGCAGGGCGUGGAGACAACGAGGAGAGGCGAGGAAGUAGGAGACAGGAGGAGCCAGAGAGUGCCGGCCUGCUAGAGAAGGACGGCGAAGAAGGUGAGCGGCAAAAGGUGCCUAUGAAUUUAGAGGAAAGCAAGGGACCAGGUGACCCUGGGAUGGUGGCGCUGGAGGCGUCGGGAGAACGCCAGGCGCCGUGGAAGGAGCAGGACAGUCUCGCCGACGAAUUCGGAGCACUUCGAUCUGAGGGAAGAACCGGGGCCCCUGGACGCCGCUGUGGAACGCGCGAGGCUUCCUCCGAGCAAGUUCUCCAGUGCGCUGUGGGCAGCGGCUCCAAGACACCGACCCUAGCGCCGUCUAUCGCGCCUGCCUCGUCGGAGGCCGAGCCCCCGACCUUCGCCCCGGGCGAGAAACUCCCACCUUCUGCCUCUUCAGAGAGAGAGUUGACCGGAAAAAGCGAUUCUGGGCGAGCGGGUUUGGACGCAGCGCGUCUCCAGGCUCCCGGCGAGCUCGGCAGACUCGCCAGUCUUCAGCGACGGCCUGACAACCCUGCCUUGUUUCACGGAGAGCGCUGUGCAGAGGGACAGGCGCGGAAAGGCCAAACCGACGAGAGAGCGGGGCGGGGCCAAAACGCGGCUGGGGACGGAGGCGGGAAAGGCUCGUCAGCAAAAGUCGCGCUGAGAGCGGAUUUGCCGCACAUUGUUUCUUCGCGGUACGGGGAUCGGGGUGAACGGGACGCGCGGGAGAGGGAGAUGGAAGGAACGCGGGGUGCACGGCCGAACCUCGUCUCGGUCGGUUCCGCGGAGGGAAGUACACUUCUGUCUCAGGUUGUUUCUUCCGGGGUUUGUGGGGGCGAUGCGCCUUCGACGAACAGGGAGAAAGCAGGCGAACGACCGGAAAAGGAGGCGGCGCGCUUCGGCAGAGACAGAACGGCACGAGACGAGGUGUCUGGUGUAGCUUCGCCUGUAGCUGUCGAGAAGAAGGGAACGUCUGCAACAGAGAGAGAACGCGUUCGGGAGACCACUGCCACUGUUGAUGGGAAGGCUCGACAGCACGCGCCUCAGGUUGUCUCUUGCCUUCGUCCUGCGUUAGUGAAAAAGAUGGAGAGAACCAGAAGCGGGCGACGAGCUGCAUCGUGCCGAAGCCCAGCGGGGACGCGCGAUCAAGAACGGCACGAAAGAAAGUUGAGGGGUGCGCACGAGAGGGUCCCAUCUCAGCCUCCCAAUCUGCCUCGCAGCCGCAGGGAUCGAGGCAACGAACCGCCACCCGCCCAGCGCUUGGAAGCGUUCUCUGGAAGAGCACGGGAGGUCAGAAAAGAUUGGGGAGCGCCUGACGAGCAAACCAGGCGAAACGGCGAGAGCACGACGACUAGCAUGCACCAAGAAAUCCGCGUUGUAAUACGCAGGGAACAUGCGAAAAACAAGACGCUCCCGUUUCAUGCCAGUCCAUGA